GGAGGAGAAAGGCAGAGAUUGCUGGGACAACAACUGAAAAACAUAUACCAAAAUAAAUCAUUCUCUUGAAAGAACCCGCCAGCAUGAAGACCGCCCUGUGUGUCGCUUUCUUCGUCGUGACUCUUUGCCUGGUCUGUGAGGCUGUACAAGUCCAGGAAGGCGAUUUUUCCUUUUCAUUGGACUCGGUGAAAGUUCUCCAGCAGUUGACCGAUCAACCACGAACACAAAACCCCCGGUUGGCCAAGACGAGCUACUUUUCUGUAUGUUCCAAUCCAACCCUGCCACAGGAGUUUGUGCCCCUGUGCAUGCAGAGAGGAGCAACAAUGUCCUUUGCUAGGCUAGCAUCUGUGCCUGUGGAUGUCUGUGAAAUAUGUGCUUUUGCGGCUUGUACUGGCUGUUAAUUCUUCCCAUCAUCCCAAUGCUUGAUCAUCCACUUAAUAAAAAACACAUAUUUUCAAACAACGUUCUCAUAGUUAGUUGACUAUACGAAGGUUGCGAAUGUCGCCCAAAUGGCGAAGCACACCGUUUAUGAAAUGUUACUUAAACUUCCUUCCCCUCUUUCCUUUCCCUCAUUUUGUUUUGUUACAGCACUUAUUUCAUUUAUUUAAUAAAGAAAUGUCUUUUUUAUUUUUUCUAUUUCUCAGUUUUGCUGGGUUUUAUACUCCUUUGUGUGUGGCCUCAGUGUUCAAUAAAAUGCAUUGAAAAUCUG